GUCCCCAAACUUUACGGGCAUGUAGAAUCUCUCAGUAAGCAAACAUCGGGAAGAUAUGUCUAGAGCAUAUCAAUUCAUCAUAAGGUCUGUAGACAAAUUCGUUCCAUCCAAAUUUCGUCCUUUGUGGAAUCAUGAAGCAGGUCCUAAAACUAUAUUCUUCUGGGCUCCACUCAUGAAAUGGGUUUUGGUGGGGGCAGGAAUCGGGGAUCUCCUGAGACCAGCUUCUAACAUCAGUCUUUUCCAGUCCACCUCCAUGUUAUCAGGUUAUAUUUGGACCAGAUGGUGUUUCAUUAUUCAACCAAAGAAUCUGAAUCUUGCUCUCAUAAACUUUUUAGUUGGUAUUAACGGAACAGUUCAGUGUUUUAGGGUUUAUCGAUACAGGAAAUCAGUUGGAAAACCAAUGUCAUUUUGGGAUUAGAACAGAUCUAUGCAGGGAAAAAUACGACAUGCAAUUCGAAGUUUCUGUCAGGAUGGAAAACAGGCAUAUACCAGUUUACUGCAGGACUUUCCUUCACAUGUGUUGUUUUAUACCUUCCACAUGCAAUAAACAAAUAUUAAGUUCGUGCCACAGGCCUUCAAAUCACUUAUAUAUCUGACUGACUUGUACAACUAUUUUUGAACAUGUGCAGAUC